AUUUUUUCAGUUUCUUUUCAAACUCAGCAAUUGAAAGAAAAAAAUUCCCAAAUCUAAAAGAUUAUAUGUAUAUAGCACGGCGCUGUUGGCAGGCGUUCAUAUCGUCAAAAUAUUCAGAAAAACUUGUGUCCAACUGUUAUCCAAUUCUACAACAUGCGGGGAAAACUUAUAUUAGCGUUUUUACUAACAGUGACAACUUUAUCAACAAAUGUCGAUGAGUGUGAAGGUGGAUCAUUAGACGAGGAUCUUUAUGUUGAAAAGAUGUCUGAAUGUAAGCACUGCAAAGAAACGGGAGUCAUCUCAGACCAAACAGUUUGUGGUACAACAGGUCCUAAUCAAAAGUUUACAUGCACAUAUCUCAACGGGCGAGAAAUUCAGUGCUAUGCAGAAUGUACAGGAUUUCAAAUAAAGCGUAUAAGAGUGGACGGAGAGUUUAAAAAAUGCAACACGCAAUCAAAGCCCAGAUACUGCCCUGGUCAUUAAUAGACCAUUGCAACAAAAAACAUCUAUCAAAUGCACUGUUCUAAUGUAAAUGCCUCAAGUUGUAUAUUAUGUUUUGAGUUUUCAUUAUAACUUUUAUUUUAUAGUAUGGUUUUUUUAUUAGUCAUCUUUGUAUGAAGAUUUUGGGUCAAUAAAUAGUUUCAAUAUUUUUUUGAACUUCAA